CCAUACUUUAAAGGGGAGGGACCUAUGUAUUAUUGCUGUCUGUUACAUUUCCCAGUCGUGGCAGUGGAACGUGAACGGUGCUAAUAUAUCCAGAGUGGAAAAGUCGAGUAUUAAGCGCUCAUUUACUCCUUUUCUGAAAUGGUCUGCCAAACGCAGCAUGUUUACAGAUGGCUGGUUAACGUUUAACGUCUGAUAAGUUCUAAACUGCGCUGUGGGUUAAAUUCCUAACGGUGAGCUAUCGUACGACUACCACCGGUAGCCAGGAAACUGGUUGGAUUUGACACUUGUAUCCGUCCGUGACUGUCACCGAGAAAGCACCUUACCUAUUCGUCUGCGGCAAGGUGCAGGCUGACUGAUCCACUGGAGACCACCUUUUUGGGAGGUAGACAAGGAACAAGCAGUGGAGCACGUCUGAGGCUUUCAGACCCAGGGCUAGCCGAGCUAGCGAGUUGCUGCCAAAAAAAGCACGGAGAGAGCCUGAAAACAGUUUGCCUGGGUGGCAGCAUCACAUCUGGAAAAUGGCCCACCUGGGAGGCAGUCAAAACCAGAAGGCUGCAUGCUUGGGGGUCAGUCACUUACAUUAAACAGCACAGCGGCAAGUCUGAAUGGUUUGGGGACCCUGAGAGCAGCGCGCUGCCUUAGGGGCUGAGAGGGACUGAAAGGGGAGCCUAUUAUCAGCCGAUAAUAGCCCGCCAGGUGGCAAAGGCUGUAAGAAGAACAGUAAGACCCAGCAGAGCGAGGGUGAGAAGAACAAUCCACAGGGGCCCUAAAGAAGGCCAGUGCCGUCUCACCUUUUGAAGUACAUUGUUCGCAGUCACGCAAGAUUAUGGCUAAAAGGAAACCAGAGACCCUCCACCACCCCACCUCUGCCCCUUCUCUCCCAGUCACCUCUCCCUGGAGAACAAUACAGGUUUCAGCUGGGUCUCCUCUUCUCAGCACAUCACGUGUUAGCCUCUAGAACCAGGGGUGGGCCUGCCCCGCCGAUGUUCCACACAACCAUCUCCGGGGAACGCUUCACCGCUGCCGUCCAUCGAUGGCCGUCGUUUGACGGGGCCAACUGCGAAUGCUGAGCAGGCUAGUGAGGUUGGGGCCCGCCCUCAGUCUCCGCUCAUUGGCUGCUGGAUGGAAUUAAGGUGAAUGGAGCCCAUUUCCAACGUCGAGGACCCCAACUCAUCAGAGGGAGAUGAGAAACGGUGGCCUGAUGGCCCAAAAAGGAAGAGAAAGAACAGCACAUGUUCGGUGAAGAGCAUGUCUGCACUGAGUCUCUCUGUCCAAGGAUACAUCCCCAGCUACCUGGAGAAGGAUGAACCGUGUGUGGUAUGUGGAGACAAGGCCACCGGCUACCAUUACCGCUGCAUCACCUGCGAGGGCUGCAAGGGUUUCUUCAGGCGCACCAUCCAGAAGAACCUUCACCCGGCUUACUCCUGUAAGUACGAUGGCUGCUGUAUCAUCGACAAGAUCACAAGGAACCAGUGCCAACUGUGUCGCUUCAGGAAGUGCAUCGCAGUUGGCAUGGCCAUGGACUUGGUGCUGGACGACUCUAAGCGGGUUGCCAAGCGGCGUCUGAUUGAGGAGAACCGGGAGAAGAGGAAGAAAGACGAGAUUGUGAAGACACUGCAGACCCGUCCGGAGCCCGACAGCUCGGAGUGGGAGCUGAUUCGCCAUGUGACAGAGGCCCACCACCACACCAACGCGCAGGGCUCCCACUGGAAACAGAAACGCAAGUUCCUGCCUGAGGACAUAGGUCAGUCCCCCGGGGUUCCCACCCCAGACGGAGACAAGGUAGACCUGGAGGCCUUCAGCGAGUUCACCAAGAUCAUCACCCCUGCCAUCACACGCGUCGUCGACUUUGCCAAAAAACUGCCCAUGUUCUCAGAGCUGCCUUGUGAGGACCAGAUCAUCCUAUUGAAAGGCUGCUGUAUGGAGAUCAUGUCGCUGCGUGCCGCCGUGCGCUAUGACCCAGAGAGCGAGACGCUUACCCUGAGCGGCGAGAUGGCGGUGAAGAGGGAGCAGCUGAAGAAUGGCGGGCUGGGCGUGGUGUCGGACGCCAUCUUUGAUUUGGGCAAGAGUCUGGCACAGUUUAACCUGGACGACUCCGAGGUGGCCCUGCUGCAGGCUGUGCUCCUCAUGAGCUCAGAUCGCUCGGGCCUGACGUCGGUAGAUAAGAUCGAGAAGUGCCAGGAGACGUACCUGCUUGCCUUCGAGCACUACAUCAACCACCGCAAGCACAACAUUCCCCACUUCUGGCCCAAGUUGCUGAUGAAGGUGACGGACCUGAGGAUGAUCGGGGCGUGCCACGCCAGCCGCUUCCUCCACAUGAAGGUGGAGUGUCCCAACGAACUCUUCCCUCCGCUCUUCCUGGAGGUCUUCGAGGACCAGGAAGUAUGAACUGACUUCUGACCUGGAAGAGAUGGAAGAGAGAGGGGGGAAUUAUUAGGGGAAAAGAAAAGGGGUAAAGAAAUUGGCCGCUUUCUUUGUUUUGUGAAACACAAUAUCACCAGCAACACAGAUAGUCACUAAGAAAAAAGUCUCAGAAAACCAAAGGCUUUCUUUUGCGUAGCAUUUUUGAUGAUUCGUUUCUGGCCGCACUUGGGGCUCUUGUGGCUGCUGGGCCCCACUUUGAGUUGGGGUGUGGGGCCCCCCUCUAAAGUGUGGUUCUCUGACUGCGCUGUGCGUCUAUCUAACAGAGAGGCUAGCAGCCCUGAGCGGUGUUCUGCUCCUGUGUUGUUAUACACCAGGUGCACAUGUAUGCAAACCCAAACCCCCGAGGUCUGGUUGGGGUAGCGGUACUGGUGGGGAGCUCUGUGUUAGUGGAAGGCAAUCGCUCUGAGAGGCAGACAAACAUAUACAUGCGUACAUUCACAGACAAUCACUUUACAAAAUCAAACCACACACAUAAAGCCACUGAUGUACAUCUACAUUCACCUAACACAAACACACACACAUAUUCAUACAUGGGACUGACGUAGCUUUUCCGAGCCGCCCGUCACUCGAGCAGGCCAGAUAGCUGCUGUUUUUUGUCCCACAAUCGAGCUUCCAUCAGAGCCUCCACCCUUCAACCUGCUCCCCUCUUCGGCCUCCUCACCGUCCUCCACUGGGACAGUCACCAAGUGUUCCCCCACACUUCUCCCUUUUGAACUCUUCACCUUCCACCCCCUGAUGUGCAGCCCAAACUCCUCCUAGCCAAGGCGUGUACUUGUGAACCUACCUCCCUGUACCUUACAUACCUCCCUUACUCAGUGACACAUAAACCUCCCUUUAUGACAAUGGAUACAAACGAUAUCCAAUUUGUUGUGCAAAGGUGCAAGUGUACCGUCAUGUAUAUACACAACCCUUUACCCUCAUACAUAAAAGUACUGUAUACCUAUCUUACUGCAUGUAUACAGUACACCGGUCUACCUGCAUGCACAUAUACCUCUGUACCUGCAUUAUAUACCCACUGGUUUACCUCCAUGUACUUCUCAUCCUAUACAUACCUGUCUACCUGAAUACAGCCAUACCUCUUUAACCAUAUAUAUAUAUACAUACAGUAAACAUAACUUUCUGCCUGUGUAUAUGGGUACCUCUCAUCUAUACAUACCUCUCUCUGUGUGUACACACACAAAACAAUAGUUUGCUGUUCUUUUACCUCGUAUGACAGUUGAGGUGAGUUGAUCCUCACUUAGGUUGUGUCAUUCUACCUGUCCCAAACCCUCCACCUGUCCCAAACCUCCACUACAUCUCCUGUUUGGACUGCACUGCACUUCCUGGUUGCAGACCUGUGUGUGUCUCCUAUGUUGCCCUGCCCAUCACACAGGACUCCCGCCCCCUCUGAUGUGGGAUUGGUUGAGGGACGGGGAGAGGUGUCACUUACCUCGCCGGUGGUUACACCACAGGCCCCACCUCCAAACUGACAGAUUCUACCUCGACUCUCAUGUCAGUGUAGAUGCCCCUCUGAGUGCAAAACACAUAUACUUCCACAGUUGCCAAUAUGGACCUGUUUGGUCCCCCUUACUACCCUGUUCAGUAAGACCCCAUGAAAUGGGAGAGGCUGCAGAUCAACAUGCAUAGCAGUCUUUAUCUUUUACACUUUUCUUUUUGAAGUAUUUUUACCACACAAGACCAAGUCUCAUAAUGGAUUCCCCCAUCUAUCUAUGUUCAAGACAAACAACAAACCCACUGGCGGGAAUAAAGAUUCUGUGUCUGACAAACUCAAAGGAAACUUUCUUUCUUAGGAAAAGACAGACCGUACACCUUGGAAGCCAACUGAGCUCGAUGGAUGGGCCAAAGCAUUGUUAUUGUAGACGUUGUUAUUGUGGUAAACAAACAUACUCUAAUCUCUAACUCAAUUCAGUAGUAUUCACCUGUGGAUGGAUACCCUGGUUCUCAAUGUGGCAGGUCCAGAGACGAGACAAGAAUGAGAGGCCCAGCCAAUGCAACCUGCCACAUAAUGUACUUUUUACAGCACCGUUCACAGUAGCAACCCUCUUUCUCCUAAAGUAUGGAAAAAGGAUUGCCCCAGAGAGCCACAAAGCCUUUGAGAUGAUUCUCUGACUGUCCUCUCCACACAUCCAAUCCUACACCCAGCCAGCUCUGCGCUUUCUCUACAUGUCCCAAUCCUCUCCUUCAAAGCCAUUGACAGUUGUUUGUUUUGCACUAAAGGGAUGUCUCCCCCUGUAUUUUCCCUAUAUAUGCGCCGUGUUGCGAUACAAUCCAGAUCACCACCGCUCCUAAUACAAUACCUCCCCUCUCCUGCAGUCUUACCCUAAUCCCUAGCUUCAGCCCGGUGCCUAACAUUCUGUCACAACACACACACACUCUCUCAGUAUUACCACAAGGGGAUUUAAAGGAACCUAGAAGCUCUUAACUGUAUGGAAAAUAGGAUGUCAUACAAACACGUGCACGGCGAUUGAAAAAGAGAUGCCGAUCUCAAUGUGACGUUCCUACUUAAAUAAAGGAUGCAUAAAAAUAAAAACGAUAUGCAGCAUAAUGAUAAUCAACUCUUUGUCACUGUGAACGAGCCAGGCUUUGACCAGACGGUUGGUUUGGAUAAGGUAUAGAAGAGGGUUGGCUUUUUAGCUGUGACCGACAUGGAAAUGUUCCCCAGAGGGGUCGUGAUUAACAACAUGUCGAAGAAGGGAGCUUUCCCACACAGCCAGUGGUCCCUAGACUACUGACAAUCUCACACAGAAUCAGACUCACCAGCAUCGAAGAGCGCACUGCCUUCAGACACCAUCAAUCGCACCAGCACAGCAGAUAGAUCCUCAGGCUCUCGCUAGCCAUCCUCGUGUCAGGACAGUGUGGAUACAAUCAACCGACAAAUGUUAGCUUAGGUAUGUCCUUCCACGCUACCCCCACACCUCCCAUUCUCCACACUGUUCCUAUUGCACCACCUUAACUAACCACACUACUAAACCAGGGAUAUCAUGUACAUUCUGGAACUCAACACAUCUCUACCCUGACACCCAUUCACCUCUUUAAAUGGAGAAUCUCCAUCGAACAUGCUUCUUAGUCCAGGACUAGACUUAAUCUGGGUCCAGGAAACUAGCCCCAAUCUCCCCCUCCCCGUUAUGCCAAUCUCAUGCUUUGCCCUCACUCGCUUUAACCUCCCCAUAACCCCUUCCUCCCCACAACAUGGUUGUCUCGCUCCCCUCUGAACAUCCAAUCGAACCCCAACCAAAAGUAGCACUUUGAGAACUUGGAGAGGAACGGAAAGCCCAGGUACAUGGAUGAUAUGUCGUUGUGAGGAUUGUAAAAAAAAAAAAAAGACUAAAUGAAAUGGAGAAGUCCCAGACUGAAAAUGUUGUGCACUAAUAAGUGUUGUUCUGCAUAUUUGUGAUGUCAUACUUCUGGGUUGAAAUGCUGUUUGUCUGACAGAUUGGUCUCCAAUAAAGAUUUUUUUUUGUUUAGAAAGAGACUCAGGACUGAAAGCCCAGAAACGGAGUGAAAGAAAAGACAACUUGGAUAAUUAAAUUUUUUUUUUUUUUUUAAUAAUUAUUGUUUGUUGUUUAGCAUUUGAUUUAAUUUAAGUUAAUGUCUGUGUUGUUGGCGCUUGACUGAUAUGAUGCUUUACUGUGUAAAACAAACAGCUGUAGACACUUUCUGAACGUCUGUGCAGUGUCGGGCUGCGUCCCAAAUGACCCCCUAUUUCUGAUGCAGACUAGGUAUUCGUGAAACUUCACUUUGAUCUCAGCUGGUUUGUACUGUUUGCUCCAGGUGGAAGACACCCCUAAAACACUGAUCUGUGUUCUGCUUAUACUCAACCCAUUAGAUCAAGGUUAAGAUUGGGUAAAAGUAAAAAAGGACCUUUAAUUGAGAGCUUGGGGGAAACGUUACCCAUGAAUUUGCCCGUCUGUCUGUCUUAAUGUAAACAGGAAUAUUAUGUUUUUUUAAGAAAAAAAAAUCUAAAAAUUACAAAACAGAAACCAUUUUUUUUGUUGAUUUAAACAACUGUUCAUACCUCAGACAAUGAAGUUGGAAACUGAAUGAAAAUGAGUUGUGGUUCACAUGCAUGGAUAGCCAGCCGCCGCAUCGUACGCUCACAUCGUUUGUGUGAAGCUUCUUGACAGGAACAGUGUCGUUUUAUAUACAGUCUUAAAUUCAAGCGGUAUUUUAGGCUUUCGACAAUCGCUCUGACAUCAUGCAGUUUCUCACAACCACUUAAUCCAAUAGGCUCAGAUAGACUCACAGGAUCAGGAGAUGUUUAGGUGAGGUUCCCUCUACAUAGUGUGUAUUGGGAUGUUAUGUCCUGGCUCAGUAUUAAAUGUAGCUCAACAAGA